GGCGUCUCCCUGGUGAUGGAGGACUACACUCUUCCCUUCUGGAUUUAUCUUGCUGUUCUGACCGUGUUUGUUGGCGGAGCCAUGAAGAAGCUGUUGGCAUCCCAGCUGAGCGCCGCCCCGUCCCUGGUGGCGUGGCUGGGGGCCACGGUGCUGGUGGAGCGUGUUUGGGCGCUCUGCCUGCCGGCCGUGCUGCUGCUGCUGCUGCUGCUUGCCUGCUUUCUGUACUUCAGGACAAGGCCGCCGCCCGCCGCCCUGCCGGCCCGAGGCAAGGCCGUGCUCAUCACAGGAUGUGACUCCGGCUUUGGGAACGCCACGGCAAAGCGUCUGGACGCUCUGGGCUUCGAGGUGUUCGCCACAGUACUGGACCCAUCAGGGGACGGAGCCAGAGACUUGCUGAGGACCUGCUCGCCCCGCCUCACCGUCCUCCAGGUGGACAUCACCCAGCAGCAGCAGGUCCAACAGGCCCUGCUGGACACCCAGGCAAAGCUGGGCCCCAAAGGUCUGUGGGCCCUGGUGAAUAAUGCAGGUGUGUGUGUGAACUUCGGGGACUCUGAGUUGUCUCUGAUGGAGAACUUUCGGGGCUGUAUGGAGGUGAACUUCUUCGGCACGCUGAGCGUCACCAGGAGCUUCCUGCCUCUGCUGAGACAGACCAGAGGACGCAUCAUCACCAUCUCCAGCCCCGCCGGUGACCAGCCGUUCCCCUGCCUGGCGGCCUACGGAGCGUCCAAAGCAGCACUGAACCUCCUCACCAACACACUGAGACACGAGCUGGAGCCCUGGGGUGUCAAAGUGUCCACCGUCCUGCCGUCCUCCUUCAGGACCGGUCAGACCAGUAACCAGGCCUACUGGGAGCAGCAGCACAAGCAGCUGCUGCAGGGUCUGUCCCCGGCGCUGCUGGAGGAGUAUGGUGAGGACUACAUGUCCGAGACCAAGGAGCUGUUCCAGAGCUACGCGCGGCAGGCCAACCCGGACCUCAGUGUGGUGGUGGACACCAUCGUGGAGGCGCUGCUGGCACCGGCGCCGUCGCCACGCUACUUCGCCGGGCCUGGCGUCGGCCUCAUGUACUUCAUCCACAGUUACUGCCCCUUCAGCAUCAGCAACCGCUUCCUGCAGAAACUGUUCGUCAAGAAGAAGCUGAUGCCACGUGCGCUGAGGAAAGAGUCAGGCUUUGACCUUAACCUGAGCCUCCACCACAACAACAACAACAACAACGAGGAGAAGCUGCAGUAGCUGCGAGGAGGAACUCUGCAGAGCACUGUCCUUCUGAACUGUUGAAGGAUCUGACACGCGGCGCCCUGUGGCCUGGUCCGGGGCGGGGCCUGGUCAGGGGGCGGGGCCUCACCUCCGUCUUCAUGUGCCUUUAAUGCGCAGAUAAACUCCCGUCCAAUGAUGUCACGGCGCUGAAACACGAAGACAAACUGUCGAACUGAUCGUCGAUCUGAAUCUACUUUAGAUUAUUUUUAAAGAUAUUUUCACAUUGUUUGUUUUCUGCAUCAGAGCAACAGGAACAAGGAUCUUUUCAAAACAAAAGCACAAAUUCAGUUUCAGGCACAUUUUCUGUUUUAUACUUCUUAAUUUUUUCAAAUAACAUUUUUAUUAUUAUUAUUAUUAUUAUUAUUAUUAUUAUUGGGGGGGGGGGGGGGCUGCAGGCUUCCUGUUUGGACAUCUAACCUUCAGAAUAAAAGCACAAACUUCCAAACAUUAAGGUGAAUAAACGUUUGAUCCUGGAGAGAAAAAGUUUAAUGCAGCUUUGUUUAUGAUAAUUCAUAGAUAUUAGAAUAUACAACAAGUGAGAAAUAAAGUCUGUUUUAACUUAAAUAUGACAUAUUUCUCAUCGAUGUGAAAAAGUUGAUGAAUUCCUUAAUAACUGAGCCGUUUUCAAAUAAAUAUUAAAGGGUUGUUGUUUUUUACUGGUUUCUAAUGUGAAAUUUCAUAAAGUAAAUUCAUAUUUAGUUUAAUCUUCAGGAUCUUUGAAUGUUUUUAUGAUGAAACAUGGAGCAUUUUUAUUUGAACUGUGUUGAGUUCUGAUUCUCCUCCUCCAGCAUUAUUAUUAUUAUUAUUAUUAUUAUUAUUAUUAUUAUUAUUAUUAUUAUUAUUAUUAUUAUUAUUAUCAUCAUCAUUCUCUCUCUCUUUCUCAUUUUCUCUUUUUGUUUUUGAAUCAAACUAUUUAUGGUCUUUUCUUGUAUCAUCACUUGAACUGUGAAUUUUCUAUUAAAAUAAUGUAAAAAAAACAAAAAAAAAAAACAACAACAACUCAGAUAUGAUGUAAAAUGUUCACUCGUUCUUUGAUAGGAAUAAAGUUUAAACUUUUUCAGAUUUUUAUUCUGCUGAUGUUUGAUUUUUAUUUGAUGAAUGUCCCAAGAAACACAAAAGAAAACCAAAUUUAAAAAUAACAAACGUAAGUAAAGCUGCAUCAUUAACUCAUAGAGCCACUUAGGAAUGUAGAAUACAUAAUUUAAUAUAUAUGUGUGUAUGUGUGUGUGUGUGU